AUAAACUUGUUUCUUUUUGUUCACCAGGUGUGUCUAGUACAGAGACAGAUGGAACUGAGUCUGUGUCGGUGAUGGAAGGAGAUUCUGUUACUCUAAACUCCAAUGUUACCGAAAUACUGAAUGGUGAUAAUAUACUGUGGAUGUUUGGACCUACAGACUUUCUCAUAUCUCAAAUUGGAAGAAAGAAUGACUUCACUUCAUUUUUUGUCACCGAUGAUGAGGGAUUCAGAGACAGAUUACAGGUGGACCAAAAAAGUGGAUCUCUCACCAUCAGAAACACUAGAAUCAGACACUCAGGACACUAUAAAAUAACCAUCACUAAAGAAAAAAUAACGUCCAAGAUAUUUAUUGUUAAUGUCUCAGCUGUGGUUGGUGAUAUGGAUGGAGUAAAGUCAGUGUCAGUAUCAGUGAAGGAGGGAGAUCCUGUCACUCUAAACCCUGAUGCUGAAAUUCACAGAGAUGCUCUAAUGCUGUGGAUGUUUGUAGAAAAAGGCAUUCUCCUAGCUAAAGUUGACAUUGAGACUAACAAGACCUCAUUAUACAAUGAUAAUGAGAGAUUCAGAGACAGACUGAAGCUGGAUCAUCAGACUGGAUCUCUGACUAUCAAGAACACCAGAAUCACAGACUCUGGACUUUAUGAACUGCAGAUCAGAGGCAGUGAGAGUUUACAGCGAUUCUUUGUUUCUGUCAGUGCUCUUCCAGAUCCAGGUCUGUCUCCAGGUGCUAUAGCAGGAAUCUGUUUAGGUGUUAUAGUUUCUCUUGUAGCUGCAGCUGGUGCUUUACUUUACUAUCGCCAAAGGGUUUCUAAAUCAAAAAGCCAAAUAACUGUGACAGGUGAAGAUCAAAAGCCAUUGAUUGAGGGAAAGUCUGUCACUCUGUGCACUGGUCUUACUGAAAUACAGAGGGAUCACAUGAUAGAGUGGUGGUAUGAAGGUGAAGACAGUCUCAUUGCUAAAGUCAAUGGAGAGUCCAGAGAGACAUCUGAUGGUGCUGAUGGGAGAUUCAGAAGCAAACUAAGUCUGAAUGCAAAAGGAGAUCUCACUAUCAGUAACAUCAGGACCAUACAUUCUGGACUCUAUAAGUUGAAGAUCAUCAGCAACAGGAGCUGCAGAAGCAACAUCACUGGAAACCCCACAUACAAGAGAUUCAGUGUUACCAUCAGUGUGAAUUCAGUGACCGUGCAGGAGGGAGACUCUGUCAGUUUUCAGACUGAAGCUCAAAUACAGAGAGGUGAUCUGAUACUUUGGACGUUUGGAGCUGUAAACCUUCUCGUUAUUAGAGCCGGACUAACAGGAACUGAGAGUAUUCAUGAGGACUUCAGAGACAGACUGGAGCUGGAUCAUCAGACUGGAUCUCUGACCAUCACAAAUAUCACAAUCAAAGACUCUGGACAUUUUAAACUACAGAUCAUCAACCACCAAAAGACCACAUUUGGAAGAUUCAAUGUGACUGUCACUGCUUCCACUGGAAACCAACGGAGUGAAUCAGAGACUGUAGUGAUGCCGCUGUUGAGUGAAGAUGUAGCUAAUGGAGUGAAUCAGCAGCAACAGACAACUCCACUUUAAUGAGAUAAGACACGCCCACCAGUGUCAGUCACUCUGACAUCAUCAACAUUUGAGCUCAACAACAAAUUCUGCUUUCAUGAAUGUGAGAAACAAAUCGGUAUGCAGUAAAAAAGUUGGAAUGAAAAGAUGUACUACACUCCUAAACAUAAAAAAGCCAAAAGGGAGUUUCUGCUGUGAUGCCAUUGAAGAAUCAUUUUUGGUUCCUCAAACAGUGAACAGUUCAUAAAAGAACUAUUUUUAUUAAUGUUAACCAUCAUACUUUCCUC